AUGAUAGUGGAGUUGAAAUGGCAAACAUUUUUUCUGAUAGUAUUAUUUCAAGCUGUUAUCAGUGCACAACCCAUCACCACGACAACGGGGAGCACAGUUUUGGAACCUUUGGGUACCACUAGUGGAGAUUCAGAGUUGCUAACAAGCAAGCAAAAAUUGUGCGGGGAUGCCGUGCACAAGAUAAUGCAGGAAAUAUGUGCUUUACAUAAUGCUCCCAUUUUAAGAAAAAGGCGUGAAAUUGCAAAAGACUGCUGUCCAAGUGAAAACAGAAAUAACGUUGGUUGUUCCAUUCAAUAUUUAGCUACAUACUACUGCCAAAUCGUCAAUAAAGACGGAGUAAAGAAAGUCAUCGACCAAAUGAAAAAAAAAACGACAUCAACAAAAUGAAAUUUUACCUCAAAACCAAUUAGCAAACCCCCAAAAUUUAAUAAUUAAAAACCAUAAUGUAAGGCUUAAAAACAAA